AUUUUUUUCUGCAUUUCCAGGUCGACCCCAUUCCCCUCCGUUUUCACCCGAAGGGCAGAGGGGACAGAGUCCCGUCCUCUGCGCGUCCUCCUCCCGGAAGAGCAAUGGAGAGGCUGUCCGGCGCCGGCGGAGCCGUCUUCUCUCUACUGUCCCUCCUCUUGCAUUUCGCCAGCGCCUCUGAGAUCCCGCUCUCAGUUCCACAGGUUCCAACCAUCACAAAACAGUCAAAAGAGCAAGUCGCCUUUCCCUUUGAUGAAUAUUUUCAAAUCGAAUGUGAAGCUAAAGGCAAUCCGGAGCCAAGAUUUACGUGGACGAAAGAUGGCAAGCCCUUUGACCUCUCCGACCCUCGGGUCAUUGCCUCCAACAACUCAGGAACCUUCCGGAUCCCAAAUGAGGGGCAGAUAGCUCACUUCCAGGGGAAAUAUCGCUGCUUCGCUUCGAACAAGCUGGGAGUGGCCAUGUCGGAAGAAAUAGAAUUUAUAGUUCCCAAUGUUCCAAAAUUCCCCAAAGAAAAGAUCGAGCCCCUUGAAGUGGAGGAGGGAGACCCCCUGGUCCUGCCCUGCAACCCGCCCACGGGGCUGCCCCCGCUGCACAUCUACUGGAUGAACAUAGCGCCCACUCACUCACCUUGGACAGCACCCACUCACUCACCUUUGGGACAGCACCCAUGUCAGGGCCCAGCACAACCAGACACUGUUCUUUUCCCUCCAGCGAAUUCCAUCAAGCAGAGAAAGCCCAGCCUGCUGCUGCCUCCGGCGGCGAGGGGCCCCGAGUCCGCGGUCACUGUCCUCCGGGGGGACACCCUGGUGCUGGAGUGCUUCGCCGAAGGCCUGCCAACACCACAGGUCGAUUGGGAAAAAGUGGGUGGUGAUUUACCAAAAGGAAGAGAAACGAAAGAGAAUUAUGGCAAGAUGUUGAAGAUAGAGAACGUCUCCUACGAGGACAAAGGGAAUUACCGCUGCACGGCCAACAACUUCCUGGGCGUGGCCACGCACGAUUUCCACGUCACGGUAGAAGGUACGUUCGCCGCCCCACACGAUUCACUUCUCUUCUGUUUAGCGGGAAUGUGGCGGCCCUACCCCUGUAAGCAG